CCACCGUGCCCCCACAACUAUGGAUUGUAUAAUGAAACUUUGCUGUCGGCAGCUUAGUGAGAAACCGGCCAAACAAUGACGCAUCGAUUGACUGAGCGGCAAACCGACAGGGGAGUGAAUAUAAAAAAAACAGCGCGAAAAAAUACCGAGGAGGGGCGGGACGAGCCUGGGAAGCACCGCUGGCGAUUGGCCGUCCUCUUUUAAGGCGUACAAACAAUUUUUCAUCUCCUCUCUCGGAGGCCAAACUUUGUUAAAAAUAUAUAUAUAAACCGCCGAAGGAAAGGUUAUGGAAGGGCUGAAGGGGAAGGAAUCUCCCUCUCAAACGUAAAAGGCGGGAGAUAGUGGCGUCGAAGGAUUGUUGAGGGGCGGGGGCCGAAAAAAAAGCCGUUGACGGACGGAGGCGAGAAGCGGACGUGGGAAGAAGGCGGAUGGCGAUUGGAGGGAGGCCGGGGUUUGAAUGAGUGAGGGGGGCGGCGAUUGGCCGGCGAGCGGCGGGGUUGCCCGGAUGUCGGCGGGGGCCGCCGCGCGCGCGCGGGUGUCGGUUAUUGUUUGAGUGAGAGGGAGAGGGCAGUCAGUCAGAGAGAGAGAGAGAAAACAGCGGAACAUGGCUGGCGGGAAAGCUGGGAAGGACUCGGGAAAGGCCAAGGCUAAAGCAGUUUCCCGUUCUCAGCGAGCAGGAUUACAGUUUCCUGUAGGUCGUAUUCAUAGGCAUUUGAAGACUCGUACCACUAGCCAUGGACGGGUGGGUGCUACAGCUGCAGUGUACAGUGCAGCUAUUCUUGAGUAUCUCACUGCUGAGGUGUUGGAGUUGGCAGGAAAUGCAUCAAAGGACCUGAAAGUAAAACGUAUCACGCCACGUCACUUGCAGUUGGCCAUCCGAGGUGAUGAGGAGCUGGAUUCGCUGAUCAAGGCAACUAUUGCUGGUGGUGGUGUGAUUCCUCACAUCCACAAGUCUCUGAUUGGGAAGAAGGGACAACAAAAAACGGCAUAAAGUCCAGUUUUGAAUCUACCCUCUUCCUCCCUACUGUCGUACUGUAAUUUGGACAGGAGAAACCUGGGGAUACUUGGCAUAUUUUUUUUAAAAGAGUAGUUAAAAUAAAAUGGGAAGAGUUUUAGGAGAUGACUUUAGUGUUCAAUAUAAUCUGAAAGACCUGUUUGUAUGUCCUAUGGUUUAGAUAUAAAGCUGUAUGAAAAUAUAACUAGAAAAUACAGCAGUUUGUCAAGAAUUAGAUUACGCAAGUGUGUUUUAUACAAUAAAACAAUUCAUAAAACCAUUUUUUAAAAA